ACAGCGAGACACACUCGCAAAGUCGUUGCUAUGUUUGUCUCUGUCUCUCGCUAUUCAAAACAAACCCAACAAUGAACCCUUCCACAGAAUCAGACAACGCCAUUAUCAUCGACAUUGAUUCCUCUGUCAAAACACCAUCGUUUGUCGAAAACCACCCUAACGAAGAAAAACACCAACUCAAUGUUCCCUUCCUCCUCCGUCCAUCUUAUGCGACACACGAACUGCGAAACCUUCGCAGGAGCCUCCAAUGGUGUGCUCUCGACCACUCUUCCCUCGUUGGACAGCUCAUUUCCUAUGUCGUCUUCAUAUUCCUCACCAUCGCUGUCCCUCUCUUCACUUCUCUCUUCGUUCAUGUCCCCUCUUCAUCUUCUCAACUCGACCCUUUCAACUUCAACAAGCUCCUUCAAUUACCGCAAUCAGCCCUCGCCGUUAUCGCAUUCUUCACUCUCUCCCGUUUCUUUCCAAGGCAUGGCCUUAGGCAGCUUCUAUUCCUAGAUGUGUUACAAGAUGACUCAACGUAUGUUCGACGUGGGUACACGCGCGAGCUUCAGAAAGCGUUCAGAUACUUAGCGUGCAUGAUAUUACCUUCCUUUUUCGUAGAACUUGUUCACAAAAUUAUCUUCUUUUCUAGCGUCGAAAUUUCUAUCCCAUGUGGGACCUCUCUGAACUGGGUUGUGUUUGUUUUAGUGUUGGUUUCCUGGGUUUACAGAACGGGGUUGUUCUUGUUGGCGUGUGUGCUCUUUAGGCUUACCUGUGAGCUUCAGAUACUGAGGUUUGAAGGGCUUCGCAAGCUUUUUGAAGGGUGUGGGUCUGAUGCAAACAUGAUAUUUAGAGAGCACGUGAGAAUUAGGAGGCAAUUGUGGAUCACGAGUCAUAGGUACAGGUUCUUUAUAAUUACUUGUUUGGUGACAAUCACGAUUAGCCAGUUGGGUUCUCUCUUGCUGGUUUUGGAAUCCAAAUCUGCCACCACCUUCUUCAAUUCUGGUGACCUUGUGAUUUGUUCGGCUGUGCAGUUAUGUGGGUUCUUCUUGUGCCUUAUGGGUGCGGCAAGAAUCACACAUAGAGCACAAGGGAUAGUGUCAAUUGCCACAAAGUGGCACAUGGUGGUGACCAAUGCAUCUGCUGAAUCUGAACACUGGAAAACCCAGAUGCCAGAGGGGCUACCCAGUCCUACUGCCAGUGAUUCAGAUUCUUCGGACAUAUACAUAUCAGUAACCACACAAGGACCUUCUUUCCAAACUAGGCAAGCAUUAGUGACGUAUUUACAGCACAACUAUGGAGGAAUAACACUAUUUGGGUUUGUGGUUGAUCGAGGUUUACUUCAUACUCUCUUUGCCUUUGAGUUCUCUAUGGUGCUUUGGAUUUUGAGUAUGGUGGCUGUCUAGUCUUAAGUCUUAACCAAAUGAAGGGUAGAAAAUGCUUUGCGUGAACAGAAUGUGUAUAUAUAACUAUAUGUAGAUCAUUUUUUUUGCUGCAUAUAACUGUAUAUCAUCGUAGCUUGUGUUUAUUUCUUUUAAUUAUUAUAUUCACUCGUGUAUGUAGUCAUGUAGAAUUAGAAUUCGUUAUUUUGGAAGGAGAUUAACUUUUUUUGGUGUACUCUCCAAAAUAUAUUUUAUUUUAAAAAUUCAUCA